UUAGGAUGGUUUUCGUGGAACAGCGUUCACGAAUGUGAGGUUAGAUUUGUUCCAGAGUUCUUCGAUGGAAGGUAUCCCUCUAAGAACCCUAGGGUUUACAAGUGCUACAGGAAUGCCAUCAUUAGGCGAUUUCGAGAAAACCCCACCAAGAAAAUUACUUUCACUGAGGUCAGGAAGACCAUUGUUGGUGAUGUGGGGUCUAUUCGGAGGAUAUUCGAUUUCUUGGAAGCUUGGGGUUUGAUCAAUUACACCGGUUCUUCAAAGCCACAGUUGAAAUGGGAAGAGAAGGAGAGCAAGUCGGCAACAGCCACAUUGCAGGGUAGUGAUGCUGCCGGCGGCAGCGGCACCAAUGUUACAGUUUCCAAGUCAAAGCCCUGCAGUAACUGCAAGGGUGUUUGCAGCUUUGCUUGCUUUGCCUCUGAUAAGCGUGAUGUGACACUUUGUGCGAGGUGCUAUGUGCGGGGUAACUAUAGGGAUUCUUCGGAGUUUAAGAGGGUCGAGAUCAGUGAAGAGGCGAAGACAGAUUGGACAGAUAAAGAGACUUUGCAACUUCUAGAAGCUAUUAUGCAUUAUGGUGAUGACUGGAAGAAAGUAGCAGAGCAUGUUGGCGGUAGAAGUGAGAGGGAAUGUGUAACUCACUUUGUAAAUUUGCCAUUUGGUGAACAGUUUGAUGGGCCUCCAGAAUCUGCUGAGCUGGAUACUGCAUUAAGUUCGCAAAAUCUUUCAAGACCAGCAAAACGGACGUGUCUUUCACCCCUGGAUGAUUCAAGUAACCCAAUUAUGGCUCAGGCUUAUUUUCUCUCCACUUUGGUUGGAGUAGAUGUUGCAGAAGUCGCAGCACGUGCUGCUUUAGCUGCUGUUUCUGCUCUCAGCGAUGGAAAACUUAAAGAGUGCUUGAAACUAUCCUCUGGUGCUGCCAAACAGCAAGGUAUGAGCUAUAUCUAUUGUGAGUUAUGGAUUAGACAGGAAACUAAUGGUUAUGCUCUACUAUAACUGUAAAAAUUCAAGUCUUUAAGCUCUGUUGGAAUUUGCAUUGGUUGAUUUUCUUUAAGAUUUCACUAGAUGA